AUGGGCGUCUAGCCCCUAACAGUUCAUGUCAACACACACACACACACACUCUCUCUCUCUCUCUCUCUCUCUCUCUUACUCACCUCCAACUCCCUGUCAAUGGAUCAAAACCCUAAAUAUAAUUUCAGUGAUCACAACAUCGAUGCGCCCGAGUUCGAGCUCUCCGAUAAUUAUCUGAUGCUCCAAGACGUGUCCGAGGAGGAGCUGUGGUUACAAAAUAAUUUCUACUCCGAUAAUGUUAGCACAGGCGAAUCCAUCGAAUUCACUGGUGCAACUUCAAGAAAUAGUAACAUGGUGAAGAAGAACAAGGUGUACACAGAGUCUAGGGUUGCUAUUAGAACGAAAUCAGAGGUAGAGGUCAUGGAUGAUGGAUACAAAUGGAGGAAGUACGGGAAGAAGAUGGUUAAAAACAAUCCAAAUCCAAGGAAUUACUUUAAAUGUUCAAGUGGAGGAUGCAGUGUGAAGAAGAGGGUAGAAAGGGACAGUGUUGAUUCAAGAUAUGUGAUAACAACAUAUGAUGGAGUACACAACCAUGAGAGCCCGAGUUGUGUGGUCUAUUGCAAUCAGAUGCCUCUCAUGGCACCUCAUGCCUGGACAUUGCAUGCUGUUGCUUCUUCAGCACACUCCUCUCCUUAAGUCACACACACAUACACACGCACACACACACACAUAUGUAUAUCAUCAUCAUCAUCAUCAUCAUCAUUGAUGUUAUUGUAGUAUGAUCAGAUUGAAAAUGGUGACUUGUGUUGUAUUUUUUAGGCAGAGUCCUUUUCACCAAUAUUAUUGCAUCUGUACGGGCUGGCCCGGCCAGGUCUGUAGCUGAGGAUCAGAGCUGAUUUAUUUCCAAAAUCCCUAGCCUAGUUCAUUAUGAAAGUUAUGUUUUUUUGUUUUUGGUGGUGGUUGUUUUGUGUGGUAACUGGUAAGUAUAUUUUUCUAGUUAUUUGUUGCUAGAGUAUGUGAUUAUACCCUUUUGAAGGUCUAAUUGUCAAAUAACUGAUAUAUUUCUUGAGGUAAUUAAUCACUAUAUAUUUCUAUAUAUACAUAUAUAUCAUUACCAGCAGGCAGCAGCUAUAUACCAAGUACCAACAUAAUCAAGAGAACAAGGGAAGCUUGUUUCAUUAACAGUUUAGGAGUUCAAUGAUCAUUUCUUGAUCAUUCUCAUUUCUAAUUUAAAUAUCAUUAAUAUUGU